GCGAGAGGUCCGCCGGCAGCGGACGCACGGUCACCGGAGGCUCGCGCCACCGCCCGUGCAGCAGCAGCAGCAACACACGUGCUCGUGCCGCCAGCCGGAAGUGCCGCGCGACCAGCGGCGGCCACCCGUAAGCCGAGGGUCAUCGCGAGACCACAGAGCGAGCCAUGGGCAAGAAGAACAGCAAGCUCAAGAAAGAGGUCGUCAACCAGCUCGUCAAUGAGACCUACUUUACCGAAAAAGAAAUUCGACAGUGGUACAAGGGAUUUGUGAAAGAUUGUCCUUCAGGGCAUCUCACUGAGCAGGGAUUCCUGAGGAUAUACAAGCUCUUCUUCCCCCAGGGAGACCCUUCUAAGUUUACUUCGCUCAUUUUCCGGGUCUUCGACGAGAACAAGGAUGGUGCUAUCGAGUUUGAAGAGUUCAUCAGAGCGCUGUCGGUGACGUCGAGAGGGAACGUAGAAGAGAAGUUAGACUGGGCGUUUAGACUGUAUGACGUGGACAGCGACGGCUUCAUCACGCGAGAAGAGAUGUACAACAUCGUCGACGCCAUUUACCAGAUGCUGGGAAACCAAGCGAAGGAAAACGCCGAGGAGUCUCCCCGAGAGAGGGUGGACAAAAUAUUCGAACAACUGGACAAGAACCACGACAACCAGCUGACCCUGGACGAGUUCAAGGAAGGCUCGAAGCAGGACCCCAAGAUCGUGCAGGCCCUGUCUCUGUAUUCUGCUUGAACGGCCGCUUCCUUAUCUCACUCGCUCUCCCCUUGGGCAUACGCACGAAGAAGACGACUACGACAACCAGUAGCAGCAGCAGCUAUCCUAACUUGCCCUCGGAGAGCCGCCUUGCACCCUGCUCUACCUUCUACCCCUACGCUGUUCCUGUUCCCCAUACCUUCUUCUUCACUCCUUUCUUUCGUCUGGCCUCGUCUUUCCUAUGCGUUGUGCCGAGGGCUGGGUUUCCUUUUGCGAACGGUAAACGACGGGCGACGGAGUGUAGACAGCUGCCUCCCGACGGCCGCAGCACUGACGGCGCUGGGCGGCGCCACUGAAAUGCGAAUCCGAACGAAGCGCCCAGGGCGGGAGCACAGCCCCCGAGCGUUGAACGACCACGUGCAGUCGAUGCUGAUUGGCGCAUGGAGGGUGUCCGUGUCAUAUCUUCGUUCGAUGAAACAGACGCGCUGUGAGAACCAGAAAACGACAGCAGAAUCCCUGCUCGUCUCUCCUCUAUGCCCUGCAAUCACUCCCCAAUUUUCAUCUCACAUCCACGUGAAUAAGUUGAUUGUUAGCUCAUCUCUGCAUACAGCGAAAGGAGAAAUCGUAUACACACUCUCCGUCACCCCUGCUUCAUUUAUAUCCUUCACUAGCAGCAUGCUCAAGCGGCGCACUUAGGCCUAUAAGAACGUUCUGCGAUGCCUGUCACGUCGCGUUGUUUUUUGUUAUCUGCCAAAGAAGCCCUUUUUUUUCUUCGUCUUGCAGUACCCAACCGCAUGAAUCUGGCAACGAUAAAGCGUAUCAGAAUGAAAACUGAGUAAAUGUUCACUAAAGAUAGGGUUAGAACCAACAAAAUCGAACUGCAUAUCACGUCGACGCUUCCACGGCUGUCGUCGUCGCCUUUUACAACUCUUAGCAAAAAGCCAUGACUCAGCCGCUUGUUGACUUGGUAUGUGCAAGAACCGUUGUGUUCAGUGACUUCCUGAAUAAUUGCGCAUUUUCCCCACAUUAUACAGGUAUACUAGGUUCGGUGCAAGUCUUUUCAGCUCGUUUCUUUCGUACUUUCAGUUACUUAUUCGCCUUCGCACCAGCCUAUACAGCAGCACUCAACAUUUUGUAUUUUUUUUAAAUAUGAUAUUAACACUAGUUUUUUUUUUUGCUGCAGUAAUGAAAACAUUAUGAAGGAAAACUACGUCUAGUGGUUCCAAAAUGCCUGAUUCUCAGCAAUACAACAAUCUGUACAGGCACCAUGGAGCUUUACAGGGACUGGCUAACAACACUUCAAAAUUCACGCUCGCUAUAAAAGCCUCAGCAGCGUCCUUCUAAUGCAGGCCAAGUGCAAUUAAUAUUUACAUGGAAAACAUGCGUCCAAAGAAACUCUGGCUGGUUCUCUACAAACUGCUGCCCUCGCUCCAGGAACUGCUGGGAAAGAUUGUAGAAGCAUACCGAUGGUGGCUAACUGCAAAAACAAGCGAUGCUCCCAAUUAGUGUAGCUGUACUAUAGAGAAAGAAGGCCGCUUUCUCGUCAUUAACUUGCUGCGCCUGUCCUCCGGCUUGACCGCCGAGUAACCUAUUCAAGGACUUCGUGCCCAUGAGAAUCCUCCUUUCGGAUGCACGCAAAGCGAAAGGCGCAUUUGUCACUACCCUGCGGAGGAGUGCAUGGCUUGCACUUUGCCCACGGCGGUGCGCGCUUCAGUUUACUAAACGCCUUCUCGAUCUCAAGCGGGCGGCAAGCACACCCGCUUUUAUUUGGCCACCACACUGCCCGCCGUCUUCAAAAUCAUAUUUCUUAAAUUAUUUUUCUCAGUUCUCUAUAAAGAAUUAUAGAGAAUAAGAAAAGGUCAGAGAGAGCACAAAAUAACAAAGAAAGAGGUAGAACAAACAAAAAUUAAGAAGAGAAAGACACGGAUAAAAUGAGAUCUAAAAAAGAAGGAAAGGCAAAACGAGAUGAAAGAAAAAGGCGAAAAAAAGAAGGGCAAGGUUACAAAGAAAGGGAGAGAGAAAAAAAGAACGAAUUAAACGGAGAUAUAAUAAAGAAGAGAGACAGAUCGAGGAGAACAGAUAAUGAAGUAAUGAAAGGGAUAAAGAAAGCGAGAACACCAGAAAAAAAACGAGAAAAGAAAUAUAUAGGUACGACACAGAAAGAAGUAGAUAGAAAUGAAACGAAGGGAGGCAGGAAAGGAUGAGAAAGAAAAGGGGGUAGAAACAACUAGAUAAGGGAGAGAAGAAUAAAAGUAGAUAGAAAUAAAGAAAGAUAGAAUUAGAUAUAGAAAGAGAGAAGAAAAAACGAUAUAAAUAAAGUAAUAAGGAAGGGAAGAUUCAAAACAUGACAGAGAUAACGAGAAGAAAAAGAAAUAAGAAGGGAAAAGAGGGAGAGAAAGGACGAGAGAAAGAAACAGAUCAAGGGAAGCGAGAAACGAGCGAGAAAUGAAGCAAUAAAGAAAGAGAGAAUGAUAAAGAAAGAAGAUAGUAAGAGAGUGCACGAAAGGAAAAAUGAGCAAUGGAAAGAGCCGGAUAAAGAAAGAUAUAGUUAAAUAACGAUAAAGAAAAAAAAAAGCGAAAGAAGGAAUGAGAAAACGGGAAAGUGAGAGCUGAUGGAACAAAGAAACUUACAAAGAGAGCGAAAUAAUGAAAGAACAAAAAAAAAGAAGCAAGAAAAGUGAGCGAGAAACGAUAAUGAGUGGGAGAAAGAGAGAAAUAAUCAAAGAAAAAGGAACAGGACAAAGCUGGAGAGGAAACUACGAUGAACGCGCGCAUGGCGGCAACGCGUGUAAAGAAGAGGCUCAUUAUAUCUGCCGAGAUUACCGGCUUCGGCGCUACAAACCGCGGUGCAAUUAACGUAACGACUCUUAGUCGAUGGCCUGACGGAACGGCAGCAUUUCUCUUUCCUCUCGCUUAGCUGCUCAUUGAACCUGAUUACUGUCUGCCGGCCUUGUUAAAGGUGCAGUCGCGAUUGUUUUCGGGCUGCGACCACCAAAGUUUCGCAUUAUUUGUUUUUGCCCUUUCAUAAUGCGGGACUGUCCAAUUACCGCGCGUCGCCGUUACUUCACAUCCACACAGUGUCAUUCAUUUUGUUUGUGCACAGCAUCAAAGCUCAGUUCCGCGUGCUGUUGAGCAGAUACGAUGCGCCUGCUUAUUCUGUGUCCUCUAACAAAGCAGUGCUCAGCACGCCGAGCUCAAAUAAUUGCCUAACACAUGUCGAACAUUGCUGUGCUGCGUUUAUAUUUUACUGGCUGAGCGGCGACACAUGCCUUUAGUGGUACACGAGUAAGUUUCGUUUUCAUUUUCUUCGGAGACCACCAUUGUGUUGUAUAAAAUUGAUCGUUCUUCA